UAUGACUGGGCCGGGUAGCGUUAUUAUUGUGCAUCGUCGUCAACUAAUUCCACCCUUUUAUGAGGCUUUUUUCCUUAUUUGUUUACCAAUUCGGGUGUCAACGAUGUUCGCCGAAACCUUCAAGGACUUCAACAUUAAUUUUAAUAACAGGGAUACGUUUUGCAGUGGAGACGCAAUCACAGGACAUAUUUCCUUCGAGCUCCCCAAGGCGACGAAGAUCAGAUCGGUCUCCAUGUGUCUGAAGGGGCAGGCACACGUCCACUGGUCCACCGCCGGGGGCAAGAAUAGGAAUCGAAAGAGAUUUUCUGCAAAGAUCGACUUUUUUAACCUCAAAAGCAUGAUUUUGACGGAAGGAGCUGUUGGGGAAGCUGCUAAACUUCCGGCCGGCAGACAUGUGUAUCCAUUUACAUGUCAUAUUCCACAAGGGGACUUCCCAUCCAGCUUCCGUGGGCCUUGUGGUCAAAUAAGCUACCACUUGACUGUGAGCAUCGACAGACCGUGGCAUUUGUCAAAGGAUUUUGUGACAGAGCUCAACUUUGUGCAUCACAUCAAUUCCAGCCAGCCAGACCUGUUUUCUCCUCUCUCAGGCUCCAACAUCAUGAACGUGGGCUUCCUUUGUUGUGCCUCGGGUCCCAUCACAAUGACAGCCAGCGUGGAGAAGAAAGUCUUUACACUAGGUGAAACGGUCAAGUUAAAUUGCGUCUUCAGCAACGCUUCGUCUCGGACAGUGACUCCAAAGGUCAAACUUCUGCAGAAGCAGCGCUACUAUACUCUCAACAAGGCCCAUAAAAGGCUGGUGGUAAAGAACUUGGUCUCCCAGACCGGGCUGCCCUACGGCGCUGGCACUUCAGUUAUACGCACUGAGAUGACCGUUACUAUUCCCACGGACACGUCCCUCUCCAUCUCCAACUGCAGCAUCUUAGAGGUGGAGUACGUGAUUGAGCUGAAGCUCGGUGUCAGUGCUUCCUGGGACCUCACCCUGUUGUUUCCCAUCAUCAUUGAUGACAUCCCUUUUCAUAGUCCCCCUCCACUUUAUGGGGAGUAACAUUUUGGGACAUGAAGUACUGUUAAAACACUUUUGAAUUGUGACUGGGAACGCCUUUUACCUCAAGUCUGACGGUCUUUUCCACUUAAGUCGUUUGUUACAAACUAUGCAAAGAUUGUACUGAAGCACUGCCAUUGUACGUUUUACGUUUUUGAAAAUACUGUUUGGGUCAAUGCAGCUUACGUCGGGUAGUCCGUGUUCAAGUGUUACUUACAGUGUGUAUUGUGAGAUACACGUUUGUGCCUAACUAAACAUAACAUGUUAACCUUUUUCUGUUACAAAUGGAAUGUUUUCUGUUGCCAACUGGAUAUAUAGUUGUAUAGUCUACAUACCUGUAGACUAAAAGCUUUGUUUGUGAUUGAAGGAGACGUUGCAUGUUUUAAAUGUUUAGCAUGAAUUGAUUACAACAGUCAGCCUUAUUUUAUAUUUCUUGAAGAGCCUGUUGCGUUCUUUGUCUUUUAACCAACACUUAUACGAACUGUACCGUAGGGAUGUGCCCAUCUGUCGGCCGCCGACCAUUAUCGGACGAUUUUUGUGACAAUGUAUGCGAUUGUUAUUGCAGAUUAAGGCCUUUGUAAUGCAGACCAUCAAUCAAUCAAUCAAUGUUUAUUUAUAUAGCCCUAAAUCACAAGUGUCUCAAAGGGCUGUACAAGCCACAACGACGACCUCGGUACAGAGCCCACAUACGGGCAAGGAAAACUCACCCCAGUGGGACGUCAAUGUGAAUGACUAUGAGAAACCUUGGAGAGGACCGCAUAUGUGGGUAACCCCCCCCCCCCCCCUCUAGGGGAGACCGAAAGCAAUGGAUGUCGAGUGGGUCUGACAUAAUAUUGUGAAAGUCCAACACAUCAGCGAAAGUCCAGUCCAUGGUGGGGCCAGCAGAAACCAUCCCGAGCGGAGACGGGUCAGCAGCGUAGAGAUGUCCCCAUCCGAUGAACAGGCUAGCGGUCCACCCCAGAGCAGAGUAGAAAAGAAAAGAAAAGAAACGGCAGAUCAACUGGUCUAAAAAGGGAGUGUAUUUAAAGGCUAGAGUAUACAAAUGAGUUUUAAGAUGAGACUUAAAUGCUUCUACUGAGGUAGCAUCUCUAACUUUUACCGGGAGGGCAUUCCAUAAUAUUGGAGCCCGAAUAGAAAACGCUCUAUAGCCCGCAGACUUUUUUUGGGCUCUGGGAAUCACUAAUAAGCCGGAGUUCUUUGAACGCAGAUUUCUUGCCGGGACAUAUGGUACAAGAUAGGCAGGAGCACGACCGUGUAGUAUUUUAUACGUAAGUAGUAAAACCUUAAAGUCGCAUCUUAGGUGCACAGGAAGCCAGUGCAAGUGAGCCAGUAUAGGCGUAAUAUGAUCAAACUUUCUUGUUUUUGUCAAAAGUCUAGCAGCCGCAUUUUGUACCAUCUGUAAUCUUUUAAUGCUAGACAUAGGGAGGCCCGAAAAUAAAACGUUACAGUAAUCGAGACGAGAUGUAACGAACGCAUGGAUAAUGAUCUCAACAUCGCUUGUGGACAAAAUGGAACGGAUUUUAGCGAUAUCACGGAGAUGAAAGAAGGCCGUUUUAGUAACACUCUUAAUGUGUGACUCAAACGAGAGAGUUGGGUCGAAGAUAAUACCCAGAUUCUUUACCGAGUCGCCUUGUUUAAUUGUUUGGUUGUCAAAUGUUAAGGUGGUAUUAUUAAAUAGAUGUCGGUGUUGAGCAGGACCGAUAAUCAGCAUUUCCGUUUUCUUAGCGUUGAGUUGCAAAAAGUUAGCGGACAUCCAUUGUUUAAUUUCAUUAAGACACGCCUCCAGCUGACUACAAUCCGGCGUGUUGGUCAACUUUAGGGGCAUGUUGAGUUGGGUGUCAUCAGCAUAACAGUGAAAGCUAACACCGUAUUUGCGUAUGAUGUCACCUAGCGGCAGCAUGUAAAUACUAAAGAGUGCAGGGCCAAGAACCGAACCCUGGGGAACUCUGCACGUUACCUUAACAUAGUCCGAGGUCACAUUGUUAUGGGAGACACACUGCAUCCUGUCAGUAAGAUAAGAGUUAAACCAAGACAAGGCUAAGUCUGACAUUCCAAUACGCGUUUUGAUACGCUCUAAUAAAAUAUUAUGAUCAACAGUAUCGAAAGCGGCGCUAAGAUCAAGAAGCAGCAACAUAGAUGAGGCAUCAGAAUCCAUCGUUAGCAAUAGAUCAUUAGUCAUUUUUGCGAGGGCUGUCUCCGUAGAGUGAUUUGCCCUGAAACCGGAUUGAAAAGGUUCACAGAGAUUGUUAGACGCUAAGUGUUCAUUUAGCUGCUGUGCGACAAUUUUUUCGAGAAUUUUCGAGAUAAACGGAAGGUGGGACACCGGCCGGUAGUUUACCAUGAGGUUAGGAUCGAGGUUAGGUCUUUUGACCACAAAUGUCAAUCCCCUGUGGCUGACACUGUUUAUUCUUAGGCCCCCGGUUGAUAAGCGGCUAGCAGCUAAUUGUGUGUCUCCAUACACAGUGUGGAGCUAGUAAUAAUCACCUUUAUUACGGCUAAUACAUGGCAUUUUCUAAGAAUCUUAAGUAUCAUUAUCAAGGACAUGGCCAAACAUGUUACGCAACGAGAGCAAGCCAGGGGAAAACGUGGCGCGGUUGGGAGAGUGGCCGUGCCAGCAACCUGAGGGUUCCUGGUUCAAUCCCCACCUUCUACCAUCCUUGUCACGUCUGUUGUGUCCUUGAGCAAGACACUUCACCCUUGCUUCUGAUGGGUCCUGGUUAGGGCCUGGCAUGGCAGCUCCCGCCAUCAGUGUGUGAAUGUGGGUGUGAAUGGGUGAAUGUGGAAAUAGUGUCAAAGCGCUUUGAGUACCUUGAAGGUAGAAAAGCGUGAUACAAGUAUAACCCAUUUAUCAUUUAUUUAUUUAUAAUAGCAACGCCAAGAAAUAAGUGUUUAGUAUACUUUAUGAAGUCUAUAUAAAUGUGUAUAGUAGAUGAAUAAGAGUUAGAGAGAGGAUAAUAUAAUAACAACUGCUUGUCACAGUCAGUACACGGCAGAUAAAAAGAGGGCGGAUCGAUUCAUAACUCGGUGGUGUCGAUACCGAUAUAUGAUCGAGACUAGAGUGAUUAUGUCGAUUAUUUUUGUUGCUGUUUUUGUUCAUGUUUACAAACUUGGGGAAUACUUCCGUGGACACAGAAGAGUUUUAAAGGCAAAAACCAAAAUGUAUAUGAGUAGUAGAUAGUAGUUUUUGUUUCUGUAUUGUUAUUGUGUACUAUUAACUUUGUUUUGCUCAAACAAUUGUAUGUGAUAAAAAAAAAACUUUAAAUAUUUUGUUGAUAUUGUUAAACUGUCAAUAGCACUCACCAUAAAUAAACUGGAAAAUGUACAGUUAAUACAUGCGAUCGGUAUUGGUAUCGGCCGACGUUGGCAACAUAAAUCCAUGAUCGGAAUAUCCCUACUGUAGCGAGUUCGAGUUAGCUUUACACACACAUAUGACCUGUUACCUAUACAAUGUGUGUUGUUUUUUAUUUUUUUAAUGUAAACUUGAUGUUUAACUUUUUUUUAUUCAGAGAAGACCCGAAAUGCCUUUGACAGAACCAAGUUGCAGCCUUAAUCUCAAACUGCAUGGUUUCUUGCAACCAAACUACCAUAACUGGAGUUGUUGAAAAGUAGUAUUGAUGUUGAAUGACGGUUUGCUGUAAUUUAAUACAACAUGAAGAACUACUGUCUUCUAUAUGCUUGAAUAAUAAAAGAAAACAGUUUAUCACCUCCAUGUUUUGUGUUUCUUUGAC